AUGCACUUGCUCCAAGGACGGAGUGUCCUUUUCUUCCGGACUCUUGCUGUUAACGCGGUCUUCUCAUGGGUGUUCAACGAGUUCGAGGAGAAGUCACCAGCUGCGUUCUCGUCUUUCUAUGAGCAGCUCCUACAAUUGUUUGACCGUUACAACCACGAUCUUACCGGCCGGCUCAGGAUAGUGAGCAACCUGGAAUACAUCGAAAAAGUGGUGAAGCCGACUCUUGACGCGAAAGCGAUACAUUAUCAGCAGAAGCUGUACAACAUCCUAUCCAGUCUUCAGAUGAAGCCUGCUAGCCAGGUCUGGAUCAGUCAAGGUGAUGGUCAAGACAAUGAAAAGAGACGGGACUUCGAAUAUAGGUCUCGACAGCUUCUACAGUGGGAGACAGCAAUACAUCUUGCCUUCCACAAGGCCUUGAAUGUCAGGCUCCAAAUGGCUCGGAGCAGUCGCUUCUACCAAGCAAGGAUCUUCACAAUGGGUGACAACUUUGACCCCAAGUGGAUGGAGCCUGUUUCCUCGAGCGACAGAGAUACUGAAAGUCAACGCCAGGUAUAUCUAUGUGUACUACCUGCAAUUUGCAGCUAUUCGAGACCGCCGGACUUGGAGGAUCCAGUAGUUGUCAGCAAGGCUCAGGUCAUCCUCGAGAUCAAUGGGACGAAUGCAGCCAGAGGCGGGGCAGAUGAGAGGGACAGGAGUCCUGAUCUCUAG